CUGCUGUGACCUGGUCCGUGCUGCUGCUGCCCAUUUGCACUGCUGCCUUCAUCAUCCUCAGCGGCCUCGACCCGUUCCACCCGGUGCGCUGGAUCUCGAAUUCUUUCAGUGAUUUGUAUACUUCCUACGUCAUCUUUUGUAUCUUCCUGAUGUCUGUGGUGAUAAUAGUAAUAAGCAUCUUCAACGUUGAAUUUUAUGCAGUUGUGCCAUCAAUACCAUGCUCUCGAUUAGCACUGAUAGGAAAAAUUAUCCACCCUCAGCAAGUCAUCCAUUCCUUUGUUCAUGCUGUCAUGGGAAUGCUGGUUGCUUGGUGUGCUACAGUGAUGACAAAAGGGAGGUUCCAGUUCCUUGCUGUGUCCUGCACACCUCCAGAAAGCCUAGAAGUUGCUGUUCCUCAGAUGUGCCUAAAYGAGUAUCACCUCUUCUUUCUACUCUCUGGAGCUUUCUUGGGAUACAGUUACAGCCUUUUCUAUCUUAUUAACAACAUGAAUUAUUUGCCAUUUCCAAUCAUACAGCAAUACAAGUAUUUACGUUUCAGAAGAUCUUUGCCUCUCCUGAUAAARCACAGUUGUGUGGAAUCACUGUAUUUUGUUAGAAAUUUCUGUGUCACAUACUACUUUUUUGGUUAUAUCCCAAAGGUGUGGAUAUGUACCACGAUGGAUCUUCAUACAGACAGUAAAUUACAUCCUCUUGACACUCUGAGUGGCUUAUUGGAUCUCUCCUUGUUUUACCAUACGUGGCUGAGUGGUGUGUUCCUUCUGAUGACCUGGUACAUUGCAUGGCUGCUCUUCAAAAUCUAUGCUACAGAGACUCAUCAUUUUCCUGUCCAGCCAACAUUUGCUCAGGAAACAGACCAGUGCCUGCCUAAAAUCUUAAACAGCAAUCCUCCGCUCCUUAUAAAGUUUUUAGCCUUACAAGACUUGAUGUUACUUUCCCAGUAUUCUCCUGUUCGACGACAGGAAGUCUUUAGCCUUAGUCAGCCAGGUGGGCACCCACACAACUGGACUGCGAUAUCCCGCGAGUGUUUGAGUCUCCUGAGUGACCUGACCCAGAGGCUGAUCGCACAGCAGGAAGCAGCAGCAGCAAAUGGGAGAGCAAAGCAGCCAGUGGGAGAGAUGAAAGUACCUUCACAGACUCCAGGAUCUGGUGGGAUAGAAGACAUGUCAUUCCAGUCACCGAGGUCCAACAUUGUUCUCAGAGGCUCCAUGUCUCCACUGGUUAAGCCAUCCCUGAUGCCUGUGAAGACGUCGCCUGGCUCUGAUGUUGGUUCACCUUUCAGCUCACCUGCUUUAAGUUACAAGAUGGGAGCUGUGGAUGCAAAGUCCCCUUGGCAUGGACCGGUCCCUAUCAUGAGAAGGGGACCAAAGCUUUGGACAUUGGUUUCAGAUCAUCAAAUGAAUGGUUCCCACCAUGAAUCCUUCCCGGUACCCUCUGCUGCAAGAGCUGGAAGCGAGGCAGUGCAGCCAAGAUUUAUUUACACGUGGCUUCAGAACAAGCAAGAACAGAUAAAAACUUACUUGUCCAAACGGGCACUGAUAAUGUAYUUCUUCAGCAAGCACCCAGAAGCCUCCAUCCAGGCUGUCUUCUCUGAUGCCCARAUGCACAUCUGGGCUUUGGAAGGUCUGUCUCACUUGGUAGCAGCCUCCUUUACUGAAGACCAGUUUGGGGUUGUCCAAACUACACUGCCAGCUAUCCUGAACACUUUACUUACUCUUCAGGAGGUCGUAGACAGACAUUUCAAACUGCCACAUGUUUCUAGCAAACCUCCCCGGAUUUCAGGGAGUCUGGUGGACACAUCUUACAAAACACUAMGAUUUGCACUUAGAGCAUCUCUGAAAACAGCCCUAUACCGGAUAACUACUGUCUUUGGAGAACACUUGAAUGCUGUACAAGUGUCUACAGAACAUAAGAAAAGACUUCAGCAAUUCCUGGAGUACAAAGAAUAAAUUUUGAUGCAACUAUGGUUGGUUUUUUCAAGACUCUUGCUAAGAAGAAAGUGGGGCUAAUGAGGCUUUUUACUUUGGCUUUUUGGAAAAGCAUAUAGAAGUGCAAGUUGCAGAACAAAACUUUUAGAACUGUAGAAGAGUUCUUAGGGGUUUGGAUCAUAUUUUGUGUAAUAAAACUUGUAAAAUUCAUCUUGCCUACUUUUAAUGCCAUAAAUGAGAAAGUGCCAGUUCUGGGUAAGACUAUGACAUUUAAGAUUGUCAGAGUUAUUUUGAUACUCAGAUCUUUCAUUAUUUUUCACAGUGUGUUCUUUCCCUACCCUGUUCUGUUAAAGGGCUGAGAAGAGAUUCACGUAGAUACUUAGUGCUUAAGUGCUUCAUAAAUUUGGUGGAUAACACUUUUAGAGCAUGUCAAGUGUGUAGUUUAAGAGUGGGAAACAGAUGUGCCCAGGAAUGAAAGAUGCUGCUUCUCUGUAAGCUGGAAAUAGUCCUUCAGAGUAAAAUGGGUGUGUAGAAAGCAUUAUUAACACACAAAUACUGCCUGGAAAGAUUUUAUCAGAUUUUAUCUUUAAGGUGACUUAGGAAACCAAGUUCUGAUCUAUAGAGAAACAUACAGGAAACAUUUAGUAAAACUCCCAAGUAAUUAUACUGGGAAUUAAAGUUCAGAUAAACAGCUCUCUGUUCAGGGGUAGGAAGGAUGUGUGCAGCAUGUCCAAAUUUUUCAAAAUUGGUAGUUUCUGGUAAAAAAUACUACAUUUUUAAAGCUCUUUAUCUGAAAACCUGUCUAAAUUUGAAAAAUAACGACUUAGKUUUUAAACAGACUCCAGUUACUAUACCUAUACUGGCAAAUGUGUGGAGUAUGAAGAGGAGAACAGUAAACUAUAUGGUCUUGCAAAGGAAUUUCGUUUGAUAAGGGGAAACAAAACUAUCCUUUUCCUUCGGUACUGUCAGUCCUAUGGUUUUUGUUGUUGUUAUUUUGUUGUUUGGGUUUUUUUUUAAGCAGGACCCAAGAGUUGAGGAUGGCCAUGGUGUCAGUUAUUUUGAUGUGAUGUGGCUGUGUAGUAAUAGGGGAUCUGUCAGGUUYGGGUAAAAGAAAGCCCUGAAUUUCCAGUGAGACCUGGAUAUUGCUUCAGUACAGAGAGAGGUAAUUUUUUUUAAUGCAGACACUGCAGAUGUUAGAUUUGGGAGUGGAAAUGAGAAUUGUAUUGUUCCUUUUGCGUUGAGAUGGCCCAYAGCAAACACGGUAAGGUGACAGAUAACCUUUCACCAUGUUUAAAGGUUAAGUUAAAGUUUUCCCAAGUUUGACUUGUACCACAGGUAGAAGCCUCUUGCCUACCUGACUUAUUAAAUAAUUUAAUUUGCUUAUUUUCUGGCACUGCAAUGUGCACCUGGAGUUACAUAGUGCUUUAGCUGGUACCUCAGGUGUAACUGGUGACCCAAAUACUGCAGAUGAAAGUUUCAAAUAAGUUUUUCACACUUUUAAACAGGCACAGUUGGUUUUUUUAUUGCUGUGGUAUUUUUUACAACACUCCCAUUGCUAUAAACUGCGAGUUAUAAUUAAGUGUUACAGUUGUGAACAGCAGACUUAAACUGUAGAUGACUUUUUGAUGGCAGAGAGAGAUCUGUCCUUGUGUUGCAGCAGAUUUGCACAAAUCUGCCAAUGUGUGUGUGAUUCAUGGCAUUCUCCCUAUGACAAAAGGGCUUUUAAAAGCUGAUGCUUUGUGGUUUCUUUAACAGCUCCAAUAUUUAAAGAGCUGAAGUUGUUUUUUUUUUUUUAAAGCCUUUACUUAAAAGUGUAUCUUCAACAGUAUCUCAGGUUUGUGAAUCUAAGUGUACAAGAACAUCAGGUCUAUGUUGGGUACCCUUAGAAGUUGCAGUAGCUGUCUCACGCAACACAAACAGGGAUAACAUAUUACUCUAGUUUUGGCUUUGGAAAGAAUUCUAUUGCCCUGGCAAACAGUGCUGGUGUUUCAAGUCCUUUUGUAUACUUUUGUCUUGAAAUAAAAAGAAUCAGUCUGUGAAGACUCUGUGAGGUAGGGGAAGAGUCUCUUGAGUUAAUUUCUACAUUCUGGGUAAUGAGGAAAAAAAUAAAGCCUUUUUAUAGUUGGUUUCUAUGUAGUUGCACUUACACUGGAUCCCUCAAACCUGAUAAUAUUUCUCAUCUGCUUAAUCAGCUCAAAGCUGAGCUGCAUCCUCUUGCUGCAUACACAAGUGGAACAGCACUCUAGUAACCUUGUGAACAACCUGCCUCUCCUACAGGUGAGCUGCAGUCAAAGAGUACCUGAAAUUAUAUCCGCUGCAGCUUUGGAGAGGUACAUGGCUGGUGGUUCA